AGUUGUGCCACAUGCCUUGACAUUGAGUUGAACAUCUAAAAUUAGUACUGCUACAGUCAGUGGUUGAGAACAGGAUUUCAGCAGUGUAUUGCCUGUGUUAAACAGACAAUGCAGAGUUAGAAGGAACUCCCAAGCAAUAAAGUUUAUAUAAAUCUAGUGACAAAAAUGGCAUCUUGGUUAUAUGAAUGUCUUUGUGAAGCUGAACUUGCACAGUAUUACCCUCAUUUUACUGCACUUGGUCUUCAGAAAAUAGAUGAAUUAGCCAAGGUUACAAUGAAGGACUAUUCCAAAUUGGGAGUCCAUGACAUGAAUGACCGCAAACGUCUUUUCCAACUUAUCAAGAUCAUCAAGAUUAUGCAGGAGGAAGAUGAAGCCCUCAGUAGCCCAGAGCAUCCUUUUCAGACAAGCAACCUAUACAGCAAGCCUCGAGAGUUCAGAUCUGGCCCCCGAAGACAAUUGCAUUUUGAUUCUCCUGCUGAUAGCAAAGCCAGAACAGCCAGCAAUGAAACAUGCAAUUUAUCAGACUUCUCUGUAGAGGAACAGAAGUCCACUUCCCUGAAAGUGCUGGGACACAUGCUACCUGAUGACUCCCAGGGCCAGACAAAAAUAAGAACCCUGAAUGCCUCUGCUGUUGGUGUUUAUAUGCAAACAGAAACUGACACUCCACUCUUUUCAUCAAAUUACUUUUCUCCAAAACUAGGAAAUGGUGAUAUUCCCAUUAUUCAAAGAGUAUCUCAUGUUUUGGGGUAUAACUAUGGAAUACCUCAUUCUUGUGUCAGACAGAUUACUUCAGAGAAUCCUUGGACUGAAAUGGAAAAAAUCAGAGUCUGUGUUCGAAAACGCCCCUUAGGUGUGAGGGAAGUACGUCGUGGAGAAGUUAAUGUUAUUACAGUAGAAGAUAAAGAAACUCUGCUUGUACAUGAAAAAAAAGAAGCAGUAGACCUCACACAGUAUAUUCUUCAGCAUGUUUUUUAUUUUGAUGAAGUCUUUGGUGAGGCUUGCACCAAUCGAGAUGUAUACCUGAAGACUGCUCACCCACUCAUCCAGCAUAUUUUCAAUGGAGGCAAUGCUACUUGCUUUGCAUAUGGACAAACAGGUGCUGGGAAAACCUAUACCAUGAUAGGAACUCAUCAAAACCCAGGAUUGUAUGCUCUGGCCGCCAAAGACAUCUUCAGGCAGCUGAAAGUAUCAAGAAGGAACCUCUUUGUGUGGAUCAGCUUCUAUGAAAUCUAUUGUGGACAACUUUAUGACCUCCUAAAUAGAAGAAAACGGCUUUUUGCAAGAGAAGACAGCAAGCAUGUGGUGCAGAUCGCUGGUCUUCGAGAACUCCAAGUGGACAGUGUGGAGCUCCUCCUACAGGUGAUCUUAAAGGGCAGCAAGGAGCGCAGCACUGGGGCCACUGGCGUCAAUGCAGAUUCUUCCCGAUCCCACGCUAUCAUCCAAAUUCAGGUGAAAGAUUCAGCCAAGAGGACAUUUGGCAGGAUCUCUUUCAUUGAUCUGGCUGGCAGUGAGAGAGCAGCAGAUGCCAGGGACACAGACAGACAGACAAAGAUGGAAGGCGCAGAAAUAAACCAGAGUCUGCUGGCUCUGAAGGAAUGUAUUCGAGCGCUGGACCAGGAACACACCCAUACUCCUUUCAGGCAGAGCAAAUUGACUCAGGUCCUGAAGGACUCUUUCAUUGGCAAUGCCAAAACCUGCAUGAUCGCCAACAUCUCACCAAGCCACAUAGCCACAGAGCACACACUGAAUACCUUGCGCUAUGCUGACCGGGUGAAGGAACUAAAGAAAGGCGUUAAGUGCUGUGCUUCCACCGCCAGCCGAAAUCGGACAACUGCAAACUCUUCUCCAAAACGAAUUCAGAGUUCCCCUGUUGCCCUGCCAGGGGACAAGUGCUCCCCAAAAAAAGUCAAACUGGGACUUCAGCAGUCACUUGCUGUGGCCUCAGGCCCCACAAGACUUAAAGCUCACCCUUUGGCCAGCCAUGCUGCCAAUAUCCCCUUUGCCUCUGGACCUAAAACCCCCAGUAAAAGGGGUAGUUCCCGAGGGAGUCCUGCCCCUGAGUGGGACACAAAGACUAGCCCUUGGAAAGGAACCAUGAGGUCUGGCCAUUUGACCAAAAAGGGAGCAGAAGAGUCAGCACCAUUGUGCUCUGAGAAAAGUCAAAUUGUCAGCAAGACUGCCAUUGGAUGGGAGAGCAGGGCCUCAGGCCCAAGAGAAGGCCUACUGCGUGUCAGGCUGCCUGCCAGAGGGAAGAAGGUGCAGCCAGUACAGCCAGUGCAGAAGCAGCUACUGCCACGAGCUCAGCUCCCUGGCAACAGCCACCAUUUAGAAGCCAGUCAGGAUAGCAAGGUGGGUACACCUGCCAGGCUUGCCCCUGAAGCCUGGACAAACUCUCUUCCCCAGCAGAAGGAAAGGGAGGAGCAUUUGCGGUUUUACCACCAGCAGUUCCAGCAGCCACCACUCCUCAAGCAGAAGCUAAAAUACCAACCACUGGAAAGGCUUUUAUGUCAGCACAGGCUCUCAGAAGGUCAGCUCCCGAAUGAGACUGUUUCUCACCUCUACUCUAAUCCUGAGAGCCAUGAUGGGGCCCAGGCUGAGGACCUGGAUGACAGUGAUUUCAGUGAGGAUUCCUUCUCACAUAUGCAGAAGACCACCUUGGAGAAGAGCGGAAGCUCAUUCUUCCUGCAUCAGAACAGGGAGCACAGCCCUGAGGAGCAGGUGGCAGGAAGGCAGCAAUGUUUGCGGUUCGGCUCUGAGACAGAUGGUGAUGGGAGGGACCUAGCUGACAGCUGGGUGUGUCCCAGGGACCCCAUCAUAAACCACAGAAGAGGGGCACUCGGUCAGAGCCACAGCCCAAGUAAGGUGUGCUCCAUGUGGAGCAAGGAGGAAGACUCUGCCUCCUCAGGGCCUUCUCCUAAGGACAACCUGGCCCAGAAGCCUUCCUCCUCACAGGUUGAUCUUGUGCGUCACCAAGAAAUGAGUGCAGCUCAAGCCUUUGACAUCAGACCGGAGGCCUUCGGAAGUGAGGUUCCUGGGCAGGCUGAGGACAGCUUGCCAUCCCCAGAAAAUGGGCUGUCUUUCCCACUAUCCCACAUUGCAGUUUCUGGAUCCCCAGACCUAAGAGACAGAGAAGUCAGUGAAGACAGAGUGACACAGGCACCAGGAACAGUGAACAGCAGUGCUCCUUUCCAAGAAGACUCUAAAGAGCAGUUACAUACGUGCUCUGCAAAUGUUUCUGGACUCAUGGCUCCUCUCACUAUGUCCCUCCUGGAGCCACCAAGUCAGGAGGACCCUUCUUCCUUGGAGCAGAUUGCCCAGGAUAGAGCUGGGCAUGGUCUCAUGGCUGAGAUCACAGGAGGGCCUGCAGUGGGACACACAGUAUUACCUUACAAUCAAGAGGCUGCCUUGCCAGUAUCUUCAGCAACUCCACACCUAUGGCUGUCCUCAUCUCCCCCUGACAAUCGGCCUAGUGGUGAUCUUCCAGCUCUGUCCCCAUCACCCAUCCAUCAGCGUUCCCCUGACAAACUGUCCAGUAGGGGGUCCUUCCAGAGAAGAAGGCCUGCACUCUUGCCUCAGAAUCAUGUGGGUGAUGAUCUGUACCAUGACAAAGCUGAAGAGACUGAACUGGGGCGCUCCUUGUCAUCCCCAAGAAAGCCCUUCUCCAGCAAAGAUGGGGUACCCUACUCUCCACCUUUGCUCACCUCAUGUACAGGAAGUAGUGAUGAGGCUGGCAGUCCCUGGGCCCAGGAGAGAAAACACCCUGCAGGGUUCAGCUGGCAGGAGCUUGUUUCCUCCACAGACUCCAUCAAGCCCUCAGACGAGGACAUCUUGUGGCUCAAGCACAAGCCAAUCUCAAGGUGCUUGGCAUCAGACACUCCUAUGGUCCCCAGCUGCUCUCUCAAGGCCUCAGGGACACUCUGUCCACUCACACUGGAGCAGGCACAGCAGGCGGUCAUCUGUGCACACCAGGAACAGCUGGAUGAAAUGGCCGAGCUGGACUUCAGGGAGGAGACCUUAAUGACCCAGAUGGAUUCCAGUGACUUUGAGGAUUUCGUGACCCAGCUGGACAAAGUCCUGGCUCUGAAGUCCAGGUGCAUACAGAGUCUGAGAACCCAGCUACAGCUUUACCUCACCUGCCACAGGCCAGUUGCAGCCCCCAAGAGAACCAAGCAUGCUGUCUUAGAGGAAGACUUAGCCUGGGUGGACUGCCAAGGCCUUCCUGCGGACAACCACUCCCUGUCGUGCCUCUAGCCACACAUGGCCUUGGAUGGCCACACUACUCAGGGACAGACCUUAUCUUACCUCAUUUCCAACUAUAGGACC